AUGUUGGUGACCAUGACCUGGCGAUGGAUCCUCUUGGCCACAAUUUCCAUCCUUGUUGAUAGAUGCGUUUCGAGUCAUGUUCAGAAUGGCAUCGUGUCCAGCGUCAUCAGUCAGGACCAGACGGGACCAAGAGCAUGGGUCACGGUGGCAGCAAAUGGCGAGGCAACUACUAUAGUCCCCAGCCUCACGACAACCGACGGGACCACCUCGACCAUCUCGCCGCCGCCGCCGGAGCUGACGCAGACUGCAGUAUGGACCUUGACCAUCAGUGGCGCCACCACGACGACUACAGGUAUCAAUCCUGUAGCCACGGUAUCGGGACUCGGGCAGGAGGGUUCCUUUUUGCUAUGCGAAAACUAUCAAGGGGAGCACGCCCCAAUGUGCCAACCUGAAGAUGGCAGCAGUCUUGAUCCUGGACCCGUGUAUUACGUAACAUGGAACGCAAUGUACUUUGCUUCAGACAAUGCAUCAGUUCAAGUUGAAGGAACAUUUGCAGAUGGUGAAGGCUUCGCUUCAGAAGCAAUACCCGCGACACUAGGGUUUUAUACAUGGAACACGACAGGCAUAUCGCAAAAGCUGGCGUCGGACAAGAGCUUUCUGGAGGUAUCCCUUUCCCUCAUUACCCUAGACACCAAUGGCUCCAACACGGCGAGUCGGCAACAAGGGCCUACCGUCAUGUUUAGCAGCCCGAGGUCGCACGGGUCCAGCAAUCGCAGGAUCGACGUCCUGACCGUCGUUCUACCUUCGAUACUGGGCGUCACGAUUCUCGUCAUCAUGUGCGCAAUCUGUGUCAUUCGUCGAAAACGGGCGUCCCUGCCGGGCUGGCUGACGCGACUGUUCACCGCGCCGCCGCCUCCUAGAUACAACCACAGCCCGCCGCGUGUCAUCACGUUUGACACCAAGCCGCCCAGGAUCGACAGUGCCAUACCGCGCUACGAGCUACAGUUGACGAAUCGGGAUAGUUGGUCGGCUACGAGUCUAGGCCGUGAGCCGCAUCCGGGGCGCAACGUGUUCCGGGAGGAGAUGAUGAGGCAGAAUAGGCAACGUGGAUGA